GCAGUAAGGAUGUUGGGAGAGUGAAAGAGGGAAGUAGUCAGGCGCUGGUGGACAGCAGCUUACAGUAACGUUUCAGUUCGGAUAUGAACCUUUCUGCUGAAUGAAUUACAACCCGGUUUCUUCUUCCUGGAGCACUGUGACAGGAUGGCUUCACAGGGGGGCAAUGAGCCUCCUCCAAACGGAGGUCAGUCUGAUAGCCGUCUAAAGAGCAAGAAGCCGCCCAGCCUUGUGAUCGCCAUCCCUCCACCUGAGGAGAUGAUGCCGCACGACCCAGCAAAACAGCCUCUACGGCCGUCCCUGAAAAAAAGCGCAAGUGGUCAUGCAGCCGGUUCUGUGUCAGAGAGCAUCGCCGGAGCCAGAGAUGGAGCAGGAGAUGGAGGCUUCUCAUUCAGAGACAGAAGGGCAAAGUUCGGAAGACAGGCUUCGCUCUCACAAAGCAUCCGCAGGAAUACAGCCCAGUGGUUUGGGGUGGGGGAAGACUGUGAGACAAAACAGCAAGUAUGGCACAGGAAGAGCCUUCGCCACUGCAGCCAGCGCUACGGCAAGCUGAAGGUCCAAUAUAGAGAGCCUGAUACGGCUACCAGCUUCGACCAGGGCCUGGACUCACCAGCAGCACACAAGAUGCCCAAGAUUGUUGAUCCCCUGGCACGGGGGCGAGCCUUCCGCUGCCCAGAUGACGUGGACAGUCGCUCCCCCAGGACGCCUCACGCCACUCAGGGAGGUCCUAUCACCCCGGGGGUCACCUCACUCAGCUCCUUCACCAGCCAGCGCUCCGGCUACAGCCGCUUCCCCCGGCGCAAGAGGGAGUCUGUCGCCCGCAUGAGCAUCAGAGCUGCAUCCAACCUGCUGAGGGGUCGUAGUGGCCUGGCAGGCUCUCAGACAAGUCGCAGUUUCCCCAAGAGGAGCUUCAUCAGGCCCAGCUGGAUGGACGAGGACACUGUGGACUCUGCAGACACAUCCGAGUCGCUCUUCUUCAGCAAGGUUGAUGCCCAUGAUGAGUUGUAUUCCAUGGCUGAUGACGUAUUUGAAUCGCCGCCCAUGUCUGCGGCUUUUGCUCCCUGCGGGCAUCCAGACCAGAAGUUCCCCAGCCUUAAGGACAUUUCUCGAACGCCCAGGACACCGACAGCCGGCCCUGAAAAGAGCCAUCCUCGUCGGGGUGGUCGGAUCGCGUCCAAAGUCAAGCACUUUGCCUUUGACAAACAGAGGCGUCAGUACGGCAUGGGCGUUGUGGGGAAGUGGCUGAACCGGCACUACCGACGCAGCCUCAGCAGCAACAUCCAGAAGCAGCUAGACGACUUCCACAGCCACAGGCCUUACUUUGCCUACUGGAUCACCUUUGUCCACAUAUUAAUCACAUUGCUGGCCUGCGGUACAUACGGCUUUGCCCCUGUGGGGUUUGCACAACAUUCUAAGUCUGAACUGGUGCUGAAGAACAAAGGCAUUUAUGAGAGCGUCAAGUAUAUCCAACAGGAGAACUUCUGGAUCGGUCCAAGCUCUGACGACUUGAUCCACCUGGGGGCCAAGUUCUCCCCGUGCAUCCGUAGGGACACUCAGAUAGUCAAUCUAAUCCAGAAGGCCAGAGAUCUGGAGAGAGAGUCCGGCUGCUGCGUUCAGAAUGACAACUCCGGAUGCGUGCAGACCCUCAGCUCCGACUGCUCCGAGACGCUGGCCACGUUUAUUAAAUGGAAGGAUGAGCCAGUGGACAUCAGCAGGUCGUCUGGUUCUGUCUGUUACCAGGAUCCCAGAGUGUGUGAAGAGCCCGCCUCUGCAGAGCCUCAUGUAUGGCUGGAUGACAUCACCAAGUGGCCGGUGUGUACAUUUCCUAAGCAGUGGAACCACACCGGCUACAGACACAUGGACUGUAAAAUCAAGGGACGGCCGUGCUGCAUAGGAACUAAGGGCAGAUGCGAGAUCACAACCAGAGAGUAUUGCUUUUUCAUGCAUGGUUACUUCCACGAGGAAGCCACACUCUGCUCACAGAUCCACUGUCUGGAUGAUGUGUGUGGCUUAUUGCCGUUCCUCAACCCUGAUGUUCCUGAUCAGUUCUACCGGCUCUGGCUCUCUCUCUUCCUCCACGCUGGGCUGUUACACUGCUUGGUGUCGGUGAUCUUGCAGAUGACCAUACUGAGAGACCUGGAGAAGCUGGCAGGAUGGGUCCGCAUCUCCAUCAUUUAUAUCCUCAGCGGUAUCACCGGAAACAUCGCCUCCGCCCUGUUCCUGCCCUACAGAGCUGAUGUUGGUCCAGCAGGGUCUCAGUUUGGCCUCCUUGCUUGCCUGUUUGUUGAGCUUUUUCAAGGUUGGCAGAUUCUGGAGAAUCCUUGGAAAGCCUUCCUCAAGCUUUUUGGCAUCGUCCUCUUCCUCUUCCUGUGUGGCCUCCUGCCGUGGAUCGACAACAUCGCUCACAUCUUUGGUUUCCUCAGCGGCCUGCUGCUCUCCUUCGCCUUCCUGCCCUACAUCACCUUCGGGACCUUUGACAAGUAUCGGAAACGAAUCCUGAUUGCUGUCUCCAUGGUGGCGUACAUCGGGUUGUUGUCUUCCCUCACCGUUUGGUUUUACAUUCACCCGAUUAACUGGCACUGGCUGGAGCAUCUCACCUGCCUGCCCUUCACGAGCAAGUUCUGUGAAAAGUACGAUAUAGACCAUGACAUUAACGACGUGGUGCACUAGUCUCCAUGGUACUGAUGAGGUGGCUGUGUUACUGGACCACCAGCUUCUAGCUGAUGAGUGGGUCAGCUGUUACCAGAUCAAGUCUGGAACCUUUUAAAAUGUGAUCAUCAAAUUAUGUUUUUUUAUUAUCAAAAGACCUGAUCAAUCCAUCCAUGAGAAGUGAACUGAAUCAGUCUCAUCUUCUCGUCCUGCUGCCUUCAGUAAAACUAAACUUAGCCUCAUUCAAGUGUGUUACUACUCGGCAUGUUCAUGUGCUAAUGGGAUGGCAGAUUCACGCAGUCAAAGGACAAGACAAGACAUUUGCGUAGAAAACGUGCAGAGCUGGGUGGACCUCAAGGAAAAGAUCUACAGCGCCAGAGACUCUCUGGUUCUUUCAGUUCAAAGUCAAAUCAAUCUAAAGAAGCCAAAAGAAUCACCAAUGGCCUACAAUCCCUUUUCCCUUUAACGCUUUGGAGGACAAACAGCUGAGAUGAAAGGGAGAAGGGUUCGGUUCUUCCGGUGUCUUGUGACCUCUGUGAACUAAGACACAUCAGACGCCUCCUGCCUCUAAUUCAUGUUUUCAGUGACACUGGGUUAACAGUACAAACGCUAUCAAUCAGAUCUGCUGUUUCUACUUGUUUUAUCAAUUGUAAGAGUCUUUCGGAGUUAUAACAUUUUAAUCUUCGCUCUUUUGUAAGUAUGCACUAGGCUUGUUAAUAGUUUUUGGAGCAGUGAUAUGAUAGGCUAAAGUCAACAAGGUGUUCCAAGUAUUAACUGUGCAGCUGAAAUAGUCAAAGGGAAAUAUAUAAGUGGUCAACUAAGGUAAGAUUUAAAUCAAAAACCACUAGCUGCCUUAAACAGACUAUGCCAUUUUACAAAGAUGCCUCAUAUUAAUUUUGCAUUCGGAAUGUGAUCAACUUACUGAAUGCUGAUGAUCACAUGUCUGACACGAAACCUACCAAAGCAACAACAUCGGCUGCUUGUAUUGUAUUUGCAUUUUAUUCUUUACAAUCCCUCAGUUUUCUGUAUGUCUUUGCCACAUAAAGUCUCAUAACACAGGGGUGCCUAAGCCAUUUUCUAUGAUUACUGUAAAAUUGCCAUAGGAGUAAUUAUCUAAACAGACCGUUUUGUUGAACCAAAAGAACAUUUUCUACUGUCAUUUUUGACUCUUUAAAUUGCCAACAGUCCUGACGAGAUGUCAUUUAAAUUCACCUUUUUACCUUUUGUCUGGAAGCUAGCAGCUGAUUGCUCAAAUCAAUGACUAUGUGAUAAAUGGGUUUCAGACGUUGUACACCUGAAUUGAAAAAUUUCUCCCACAGUUCCCCUUGCUUUAAAUCUUUGAGCUGGUUUGUUGUUGCUGGUGAUUCCUUGUGGACCCGAGCUGUUAGGAAAGCCCCCGUCAUGCCUCGUGUUGGAGGAUUAUGUGAGUUACUGAGUUGUGAGAUUAUAAGAGUCUCUCCAAGGGGCUGACUCACUGAUUAUCAACAUGUUGACAACAUGAGUUGUUAACUGCAAAAUAUGUUGAAUGUUGGACAAACAGCCCUGUAUUUAGAUUGUAAAGGCAAUCUGUGUAAAACAUAGGACUCUAACAGUGUAAAGAAUGACACCCCCCUCUCUUUAGGAACCCUCUUCACUGUGCCUUUUGACCUGAGAGUGUUUAUCUGAAGAGAAACAACUGCUGUGUUUGCUUUGGGACCAAAUAUAUUCACUCAUUCUGAUUAUUGGAAUGAAAAGGGAAAGUUUUAAAUGAACUUCAGGUCAUUUUCAAGGUACUGUUUUGUUUUGCUUCGGUUUUAUAUGUGAAAAUGUGUGUGUGUUAACAUAGUUGUGUUAAAAUAAAUGUCACUCUAUUAAAAAUGAGUUUCACUCAGAGUUACCCAGUGAACUUUGAGGUUGUAUCUGUCAUCAGAUUAUUUUACAUUUUCUGUACUUGGCGUUGCGCCAAGUACAGAAAAUGUAAAAUAAUAACAACUGUUUCUGAAAACAGUUGAAUUUUUAUACAUUAAAGUAAGAAUAACUGAA